AGACACUCACCAACCCACCCACCCACAGUUUACUCUGAGGUCCAGCCCCCUCUCAGUAGCACUCAGUGCCAGAUCUCAGGGAGGUAGUGUCAUUCUCACAACAGCUCGCAUUACUGAGCUGAAAGGCAGAGAGGCAUGGGUUGGGGGGAGAAUGUUCCUGUGCUGGGGCUGAGGACGGGGCUGAAGAUGGGGCAGUGUCUACUGUCCCUGCUGUACUGCCUGGCCCUGUGUCCGGGGACCGUCCAGGGGGACAAGGUCUUGGUGAUGCCUGUAGAUGGGAGCCACUGGCUGAGCAUGAAGCUGCUAGUGAAGGAGCUGGCGGCCAGGGGCCAUGAGAUGGUGGUGCUGGUCCCUGAGACAUCCAUCCUCAUCCAGGGCUCUGACUACUACAGGACUGAGACUUUUAGGGUCCCUUACAGCAAGGCCCAGCUGGACGAGAGCGUCAACAAACUGAAGGACGGCGUGUUUCUCAAGAUGCCGGAGGUAAUGGAUAUAUUUGUGAACGUGCAGCGGCUGGUUGACUUCACCACCAUGCAGGUGAAAGGCUGUGAGGGUCUGCUGUAUGAUGAAUCCCUGAUGCAGCGCCUCAGAGGAGAAGGGUUCCAGCUGAUGUUGACGGAUCCCUUCCUACCCUGUGGAUCCAUCAUUGCUGACUCCUUCAACAUCCCAGCAGUGUACUUCCUGAGGGGGAUCCCCUGUGGGCUGGAUGACAGGGCUGCCCAGUGCCCUACUCCCCCCUCCUAUGUACCACGCUUCCACUCAGGCAACACUGACCACAUGGACUUCCUAGGGAGGUUGAAGAACAUGAUGAUGUACAGUCUGGAGAGCUACCUGUGUACCUUAAUGUUUGUCAGCUUUGACAAGCUGACCAGUAGGUAUCUGGAGAAGGACAUGACAUACAGGGAGCUGCUGGGUCACGGUGCUAUUUGGUUGCUGAGGUAUGACUACUCCUUUGAAUAUCCCAAACCCAGGAUGCCCAACAUGGUCAACAUAGGAGGCAUCAACUGUGGUAAAAGAGCUCCACUGCCACCGGACCUGCAGGAGUUUGUGGAUGAGUCAGGAGAGGAUGGCUUCGUGGUCUUCACCCUGGGCUCUUUGGUCUCCCAGAUGCCAGAGGAGAGAGCCAAGCAGUUCUUUGAUGCCUUCAGCAGGAUCCCUCAGAGGGUUGUGUGGAGGUACACAGGGGUGGUGCCUGAGAAUGCUCCAGCCAACGUCAGAGUGAUGAAGUGGCUUCCUCAGAAUGAUUUGCUGGGCCACCCAAAGGUCAAGGCCUUCAUCACCCACGGAGGAACCCACGGUAUUUACGAGGGGAUCUGUAACGGCGUUCCCAUGGUGAUGCUGCCAUUGUUUGGUGACCAGGGUGACAACGUACACCGCAUGGCAGUGAGGGGAGUAGGGGAGGUGCUCAGUGUGUUCGACGUCACCUCAGACAAACUGGUGGAGGCACUCAACAAGGUCAUCAAUGACAAGAGUUACAAGGAGAAGAUGCUAAAGCUGUCAACGGUGCAUAAGGACCGUCCCAUUGAGCCGCUGGACCUAGCCGUGUUCUGGACAGAGUUCGUGAUGCGCCACGGAGGAGCCGACCACCUGAGACCCGCUGCUCACGACCUGAACUGGAUCCAGUACCACAGUCUGGACGUGUUUGCUCUGCUACUUACUAUAGUUCUCACUGUUGUCAUGGUCACCGUUAAAUGCUGCAAAGUCUGCUUCCGCAAGUGCUGUGGAAUGAUUUGGACAAUGAAGAUGAAGAGUGAGUGAAUGUCCUUCCUGUGGCUUAGGCUGGGAUUCAAUCCGAGGCUGGUUGUAGUGCGCUGUCAACAAUAAUGUGCCUUUUACAGGCAAUGUUUCCACGUUUGCUGUGAUCGCAUUCACAUUACACGCUGCAGAUGUCAGCUCAAUCAACUCAAAUUACCUUCAAAUGUUAAGCGUGCUAUAACGCUAUGGAUUGAAUCUACAAAUACAUUUUAAUAAAAAGUUUUGUCCCUUUUCAUUGCCGUUGGAGUGAGAGGAAAUAACUUUCCAAUGAGCACUUGAACACAGCAAAAUAGAGAACUACAUUACCCAUGAGAUGAGAAACCGGAAAUAACCAGUAGGCUAUAGUAAAUUAAAAUAUCAUACCACUUUUUGUUACCGUUAGAUCUCUGCAGGAGACUUGCUAACUGUACAUUUACGUAGUUUAGCCAACACUUAUCCAGUGCGACUUACAUUUUUCAUACUGGUGCCCCGUGGGAAACAAACCCACAAUCCUGGCGUUGCAAGCACCAGCCAACAGUUUUGAUUGUUAGAAGGUUUAUGAUUCUACCAGGAUGCAUCAGGAGGAUAAAGAUGACAACUCCCCCCGAGUAGUUUAUUAGCUUGACUGACUUCACGAGCUGUGGUAGCGACCAAACUUUCUGAUUGAUUUUAUCAAGUAGUGUAGUAGAGUUGUUAACCAUUGAAAGAAGUUGUCACAGUUCUAGUCAGCUUAAGGGGCGGCUGUCCUGUAAGCACCAAUGCAAUAGCAGCUGGGUCUGGUCUACUUAGUUCAUUGACCGUAUAUGAAACAGAAAAAAAGAGGAAGUGGGAUGUCUCACUUCCUCUUCUGCUAUUGAUCCUGCCACAAAAUAAAAAACUGUUACAAAACCCAUAACUAGCCUACGGAUAUUGUUGCACUUGGUUUGCUCGCCCAGACCUUGUUCUGGGUGUAGCAGGAAUAUCCAUGAUUACUUUUGGUGUUGGUGGUUCUGGCAAUGCGGUGUGUCAUUUUGGGGUAUUGUGUGUAGAUUGACAAGGAUUUUUUUUAAUUUAAUACAUUUUAGAAUAAGUCUGUAACAUAACAAAAUGUGGAAAAAGUCAAGGGGUCUGAAUACUUUCGAAAUUCACUGUAUUACGCUAAGCGUGAAGACACUUGAAUCUUCACCUGCAUAGCGUUGUUGUUCUCGGGUCCAUUCAUAAGGAUGAGGUGAUGUCUGUUCCUGCGGACAGACCCGUGGGAAACUUCCACCAUGUAGGAUUGUGGUGCUGCCUCAGCACUGUUCCUGUGACUUUUGAGUCAGUCACACACACCUGUUUUCCAGGUGGGAGUCUGCUGAGAUUGCUAACUCUGUGACGCUUGUUGAAGUGUUAUUGUUCCGCACUCCUCCUCUCCUUUUCCUUUGAGCUGACCGUAGCUGUGUUUAAGAGUGAUGGGUCUAGCAGCGAUGGGAGUGUUGGCACUGUGGUAUGAAGCUGUCAAGCUGAAGCCAUUCUAGAGUGGAGUUGACUGAUAGGCCAGCAAAGCAAGUGCGGUCUGCCUCUCCGUUGCUUUGCGGGAACUUUGGACUACUGGUGACAUCGCAAAAUCCAUACUCUUCAGCAGAGGGGUCUUCCGGAGAACGGAAAGGGGUCUUCCGGAGAACUGAGGCCAAUUGUCCGUAACCAGGACCUCAGGUACCCCAUGGCAGGCGAAGAUGGACUUCAGAUGAACUAUGACUUCCGCAGACUUUGUUAGUGACAGGUUUGCGAUUUCAACAUACCUUGAGAGGUAGGUGGUGAUUUUCAGAGUGAACAAGUCUGUUCCCAGUCUUUGACAGGGUCUCUCAGGAAGUUGUGAUGGUAUGAGUGGGUGUGGAUAUCAGCUCCUCCUUCAGCUCUUUGAAAGCUCUGACUUGGUCGGCCCCCCAGUACCAGUGGUUUUUCUUUGAGAGUAGGUCUCUGAGAGGUUUGUCAUUUUCUGCUAACUGGGGGAUGAACUUUCCCAGUUGGUUCACCAUUCCUCAAACUCUGCAGCUCGCUGAUGUUGGAUGGCUUCGCCUUCUCCUUGGCAGCCUCUCUUUGCCGGGUCGGGCUGUCCUCCUUUGUCCGAGAUGUGACUCAGGAACUUCACUUCCUCCUUUGACAGGUCACAUUAGUCCAUGUUCAGAGUUCAACCGGCUUUUUCCAUCUUCUGAAAUGCGGCAUGAAGUCUUGUAUCAUGUUCCUCCUGUGUUUGCCCCAAGACCAACACAUCGUCCAUGUGACAGACCACACCUUCCAGGCCUUCAGUGACCUCUUUCACCAUUCUGUUCUGGAAGUGUUCAGGUGCUGAAGCGAUGCCAAAAGGCAGACGGUUGAAGUAGUAAUGUCCGAAAGGUGUGAUGAAGGUUGUUAGCUUAACUGACUCCUCGGCUAGCGGGAUCUGCGAGAAGCCCAUGUUCGCGUCGAACUCACUGAAGAUCUUCGCCCCGGCUAGUGAGCCAUGGGUCUGUUCGACAGUGGGAAGUAUGUAUUCUUCUCUACACACUGACUCAUUGAGACUGGUGAAAUUGACACAUAUCCGCACGUCCCCGUUCUUCUUAAGGACAACCACCAUGCCGGCGCACUAGUCCGUGGGCUCCUUUACUCAAGUGACAAUCUUGAACCCUUGAACAUGCUCUAUCUUGACUUGUGGCAGCAAUGUCAGAGGAAUCCGUCGUGGAGUGAGUAGGGCUCUGCGCCAGGUUUCAGCUUGAUGGUAUAUGGUUGUUCUACUGUGCCAAGACCACUGCACAGCUUAGGAUAGCGUUCUUUCAGUGUCUGUAAAUCAAUGCUGUUGAGUCGAGCAACUAGCUAAAGCUUUGUGAUCGCUGGUCUGCCUAGUAAAGCUGUGUGUAGAUCUCUGAUGACAUACACCUCCUCCAGUGUCUCCUUUUCUCCCUUUCCUAGAUCCACACUUGUGUCACGCCGAUCACGUCCAGCGGCACUCUUCCUGGUCCUAGCAGAGGUUUUGUUGGUUUUUGUAGAGCUGGCUUGCUGGUUCCUGCAAAAAUGUGAUUGAACACAUUGUCUGGGAUAACAGUCACAUCGGCACCAGUGUCUAUUUAGAAAUUCACAUUUCUAAAUGUGAUCCCAGACAAUGUGUUCAUGAGCCGUAAACAACAUUUAUUCUCGUUUACGGCUCAUGAUGACAUACAAACAUGUUGGUAAUGUCCAUUUUUCCCACAGGAGUGACACACUACUUCAUUAGCUGUACACUGUGCUCUUGGAUGUGCACUUUGACUGCCUUUUCUCAUUAGCAUUAGCAUUUUCAUGGCUAGCUUUCUCACGCUGGAAUUUCAGUUUCCACUCGCUGCCUUUCCACCUCGCAGGCAACCUUGCUGCUUUUUCACUUCUUCAAUUUGCCUUGCCAUCUCUAAUUAGUUCAUUGUGCAACAGUCCAUAGUUGCAAUACUCAGCUAUGCCAUAGAAGAAAAGAUUCCACUGUUUAAUUUUCAUGUUAAAGCGUGCUCUCAUAGAUCACGUUCUUUUUUACAAUAAAGAAUCCAUGAAAUCUG